AUGAGGAGAAACAUCAGACAGAAUAUUAUAGACUCUAAACCUGUUAAUGUAGGAACGCUCAACACGGGUGUGAGGGCAAUUGAGAAGGAAAAGUUCUGGCAAGUCAUUGGCACUGCCUGUUCUGAAACACCCGAAGAGAAAGGAACAGUAACCGAUGGGGAUUUUAACGACCACAUGUUGACAAAUAUUGAUGCUAACACGGGAGUGCGUGGGGGAUUCGGCAGUGGACGCAGAGACGGUGAAGAAGAAAGAGUAAUUGACUUUGCUUUGGUAUAUGACUUAGCAAUUACCAAUACCUUUUUCAAGAAAGACUACAACGAGUAG